CAGAGGCAGAUAGCGGUGAGGCUCUGGUGACCAAGAGACAUGGCUGAAACAGAAGUCGGGCAGUCUGUAUCCGAGUUUCCAGAUACCCUCAGCCCUUCUCCAAUCGACACAAAGCAGCCAGUAAAGCAGAUUGGAGAAGAAAGUGGGGGAAAGGCCGACAGGAGCUCUGAGGUCUCUCCAGGGGGAGAAGAAAACAAAAGGCAGAGUCGAGAGGACAAGGAACCCAGACAGAAGAGACCUAGGCAAAGUUCGGGUGGAUCCUUCUGCAGACCGCACCACCGCCGCGCCAGGGGUCACCUUGAAGACAAGAGCAGGGCGAGCCCACCUCCCGCCAGUGACAGAGGAAGGCACAAGCCUUGGCAUCUGGAGGUUCAGGAGUGUUAG